UGGGUGGAGACGUAGCGUAGAGGCUGUGCUGUGCAGGGGUGCAUAGUGCACGCGCGGGGCGCGGGGCGCUCCGGCCGCGCGGACCGGCCUCCCGUCCCGUCAUUCGUGCCGCGCCCGCCGACUGAGCGAGUCGCGCGUUCCGUUUGUUCUUGUCGCGAAGUUCGCCACUCUCGUGAGACGGCGUGUGUUGUGACUGACUAUAAACUUGGUGGUGUAAAAAUAAAGCCGGCGACAGACGGCGGAGUCCCGGGUUAUAUUUAAAUGAUAGCGCGGACUCGGGGCCGGGCUCGCCUCCACUCGUCGACGACAUGAGGCUAACCCGGGGCAUAGUCUGCGAGUGCUCGGGCGCGAGCGCAUGCCCGGACGGCUCCAACAACGGCACCUGCACCACCCAGGUCAACGGCUACUGCUUCGCGACCGUCGAGGAGGUGGAGACAGAUGCGGGGCUGGUCGAGCUCGAGCGCACGGCGGGAUGCCUACCGCCUGACGAGUCGGGGUUUAUGCAAUGUAAAAGCUCCCAAGUGCCGCACAGACACCCGAAGGUGAUCGAGUGCUGCAACUCGAGCGACCUGUGCAACCGGCGGCUGCAGCCGCGCCUGCCGGCGUACCCCGCCGACCCCUUGCCGCCCGCGCUCUCGCCCGCGCCCGCGCCCGGGCCGCAGCCCGCGCUGCUCGUGGCCGCCGCGCUGUGCCUCGCGCUCGUGGCCGCGCUGGCCGCCGCGCUGCUGCUGUGCAGACGCCGCCGCCGCGCCGGCAAGCGCCCGCCCUCGCCGCCCGCCGCGCACCUCGCCGAGAUCAGCUCCGGCUCCGGCUCCGGCCUGCCGCUGCUCGUGCAGCGCACCGUCGCCAAGCAGAUCCAGAUGGUCGAGUCCAUCGGCAAGGGCCGCUACGGCGAGGUGUGGCUCGCGCGCUGGCGCGGCGAGCGCGUCGCCGUCAAGGUCUUCUUCACCACCGAGGAGGCCUCCUGGUUCCGCGAGACCGAGAUCUACCAGACGGUGCUGAUGCGCCACGAGAACGUCCUCGGCUUCAUCGCGGCCGACAUCAAGGGCACCGGCUCCUGGACGCAGAUGCUGCUCAUCACCGACUACCACGAGCGCGGCUCGCUGCACGACUACCUGCAGACGGCCGUCCUCGACCCGCCGGCGCUGCUCGCGAUGGCGUACAGCGUCGUCGCCGGGCUCGCGCACCUGCACAUGGACAUCUUCGGCACGAAGGGCAAGCCGGCGAUCGCGCACCGCGACAUCAAGUCGAAGAACAUCCUCGUGAAGCGCAACGGGCAGUGCGCGAUCGCCGACUUCGGGCUCGCGGUCCGCUUCGUCGCCGAGCGCGACGAGGUGGACAUCGCGCCCAACACGCGCGUCGGCACGCGGCGCUACAUGGCGCCCGAGGUGCUCGCGGAGACACUGCAGGUGACGGACUUCGAGGCGUUCAAGAUGGCCGACAUGUACUCGCUCGGGCUCGUGCUGUGGGAGAUGUGUCGGCGCUGCGGCGCGGGCGGCGGCGCGCAGCACGUGGAGUCGUACGCGCUGCCCUACCACGACGUCGUGCCCGCCGACCCCAGCUUCGACGACAUGCACGCCGUGGUGGUGGUCCAGCGCAUGCGUCCGCCCGUGCCUGCCCGCUGGGCGCGCCACCCGGCGCUGGCCGCGCUGGCGGCGCUCAUGGCGGAGUGCUGGCACCACAACCCGCCCGUGCGGCUCACGGCGCUGCGCGUCAAGAAGACGCUCGCCAAGUUCCACAAGGACUGUGACGUCAAACUCGUGUGAUUGUGAACGCUGAGACGUUAGCGAGAGACGCCCGGGGUGACCGUCCGCCGGUCGAGACUGUGUCGUGUUACGUGUCGAGUUCCUCAGUUCUAUUUAUUUUUAAUUCGCGUCGCCGAACUGACCACCGUCUUUAAUCUCAGUAUUGUUAAGUUUGAAGCGGCUCUUAUACCAGUGACCGGAGCGUCGAGCCGGAAUCUCUGUACAUAUUACGACUGGAUGUAGUUCCGUAUUUAGUUUCGUUUUAUCACCCGUCGACUUCUCGCCGAUAUCUUUUACGCUAUAAAAAGUUAAAAGAAACUAUGAGUAAAUGUAUAGUAAUAUUGUAUGGUAUCGGAGAUAAUGCGACGGGUCUUAGUUAUCCGCGAAGGAAAAAUGAUGCGAAUUCGUUGUCUUCCGUUAUUAUAAGAGUUGCCACAGAAUAAACUGUAUUAAAAUUCCGCACUCUAACAAUGGUCAUUAAUUUAAUUUGAAUGAAAUUUGCUGGACCUGUUAUGGAGCCUGUAAAUAGUCUAUAGUACAUUUUAUUCUGUGGUUAUAUUGGCGUCCAAUACGACCCCGACAGCAAUAGAUCGGGACUAAAUAAAAAAACUCCUGACCUGAACUAGGUUGUUUAAACGUAUACUGAUCAUACUCAGUAACGUACAUUUGAUGCAUCAGUAUCAUAUUUAAAACUAAUAUGAUGUCAUAAUUAAAUGUUCGUUUCUGAAUAGUGUCUGUAGUGUCGGCAGCUCAGCAAUACUCACGUUUAAGUUUCUAUUCGUAAUGUUUGCAAGGCGGGACGUAAUGAAAUUGUGAUAUUUUUGACAAUAACUAUGUCUCCAAUGCGAAAUGUUUUGUACAGUACCUCAUAUUUUUUUGAAAAUGCCUUAUCAAUGUUUUAUUUUAAGGAUUCCUCUCGAGAUUUAAUUAAAAAUCAUAAUUAAUUUAUCCGCUUACGUUCUUACGUCAAAAAAAAUGAAGAAUAGGCAAUUUCUAUGUAUUAGGCAAGUAGGUCAACUAAUUGUUUUACAAAUACAAACUGAAGCGUUUUUCAUUUACGAUGUAAUAGGAUACUAGCAGGAUACGAUACAUGUCAUGUAGACAAAUUAAAGGCUCAUUUCCUGGUGCAAGAACUCGCAUGCGAGUUUGAUUAAGUACAUCGUGGUAUUUGAUUGGCGUAGGCCUACUGAAUUUUAUGUAACCUCAAAGGGCCACAAUGUAACUAAAAUCGCAUGCUAGUUAGCGCGCCGUGCAAAUGAGCCUUAGGGACUAUCCACACACAGGCGACGCAUGUCUUAAGACGCGGAUCGGACGUCAGCGCCACGCCGCCCGAGUGUAAUUUCAAAAACGUCUCCUCAGUACAUUUUGUAUAGGAAGGACGUAAGACGCGCUCCAGGCGAUGCGUCGCUAGGGGCGCGUCGCUUGAGGCGCGCCCCGUCUUAAGACAUGCGUCGCCUGAGUGUGGGUUGCCGCUUAAGUGACAGAAAAAUACAAUAGAAAACCGAGAGGGAUCCUUCAGACUAAUUAAUUGUACUUAAAAUGAACAAACUGAUGAAAAAGACUAAUAUUAGUGAAGUAUUAAGAUUUGAUAAAGUGCAGUGUCUAGUGUCUUACGGGAUGCCUUCGCCAUGUGUAGUAUUAACAUAUUUUAGUCCGUCGCGAAGCGCUUGGUUAAAAAUAACACCUCCUUUUGUACAGUAUAUUAUGAAUAGUUUGAUUAUAAAUAUUACAAAACCAAGAGUGGCAUUAGGUUUUACUUAAGGGCUAUAAGUCCCGAGGGUUCUUUGUCUUUGAUAAUGUAAAUGUAAAUUUACAUUUUGAAUUUUGUUUAUGAAUUCAUGGACUGAUUCAUUUGACCACGUGCUGCCAUGACAUGAAGACAGUUCGUAUGAAGUAAUUAGCAAAGUCACAGCGAUAUUGAUAGCCCCGCCGGUGCAAUUGUUGCUUUAAAACGUCAAACUUCUAUGAAAUCAUGUAUACUUUACCCUUGCACAGGCGGGGCUAUGAAACCGCUGUCAGCUUGUUGACAAUUAAAAAAUUCGAAGUCGAUAGAAGACUUUUUCGUCUUAUUUUUUUACACCCAAUUUUGGUUGAAUUGUGAUGAAGCACUUAAUGCACCCUUGGUCCCGAAGUGCCUUUUCUAUUCUGCCUAAACAAUGACAAAAUUUAUGAAGUGAAAAUAAUAUAAAAUCACGAAAGUAUUUUGUGAGACCAAGCGCUGGCGUAGCAUUUACUGGCGCAUACGCGCGUGUACAUUGUUGUAAAUAUAGCGGUUAAAUAGUUAAGUUACAAAUAAAAAUAUUAAUGGACAUAU